CCGUCCGUCCGAGCCGACAUGGACUCCCAGAUCCGCCAGAACUACCACCGCGACUGCGAGGCCGCCGUCAACCGCAUGGUCAACAUGGAGCUCUACGCCUCCUACGUCUACCUCUCCAUGGGCUUUUACUUCGACAGGGACGACGUGGCCCUAUCGCGACUGUCGCGGUUCUUCCUGGAGCAGUCGCGGGAGGAGCGGGAGCACGCCGAGGGGCUGCUGCGCUUCCAGACCAACCGCGGGGGCCGCUUUCUGCUGCAGGACAUCAAGAAGCCGGAGCGGGACACCUGGGGCUCGGCGCUGGAGGCGGUGGAGGCGGCGCUGGAGCUGGAGAAGUCGGUGAACCAAGCGCUGCUGGAGCUGCACGCCCUGGCUGCCGAGAAGGGGGACCCCCAUGUGAGUGCUGCCCUGGCUCUGAGCCCCAAAUCCUCGAGGGCGCUGGGUGACCACGCCACCAACCUGCGCCGUCUCGCCGGCGGCACCUCGGCACCCGGCGAGGCCUCGGCCGGCCUCGGGGAGUACCUGUUCGACCGCCUGAGCCUGGAGGAGCGCAGCUGA